AUGCAGCUCUCGGGCCGUGGCCAAGCGACAGCAUCCAACAAGAGCGGAUCCCUCCUGUGGGAAGUGACGGCAAACCUUUGGGAUGCUACAACGAACCCUUCAGGCUACGUAAGCCUAGGCAUGGCUGAAAAUGUUCUUAUGCAAGAUGAGCUGUUGCAGCACAUCGUUGACCAAACCUCCCUUCAGCCGCAAGCUUUAACCUAUGGCGACGGCACAACGGGAUCAAAACGGUUAAAGCUUUCCCUUGCACAUUUCCUCAACAAGCAUUUCAAUCCCCACCAGGAAAUCGACUUGAGCCACAUCACUAUUACCAACGGCUGUAGCGCAGCUAUAGAACACAUCGCCUGGGCAGUUGGAGAUGGUGGAGAUGGUUUCCUCGUCACCAAGCCUUUCUUUCGCGCCUUCAUUCCAACCUUCAGUCUUCGCGUUGAUACAGAUGUGAUACAGGUGCAAUGCCAUGAUGUCGACCCUUUCUGCGAGGAUAUCGUCGAAAAGUACGAGGCCAGGCUGCAAGAAGCUAAAGCACAAGGAAAGAAGAUUGCCGGCAUUCUUCUCUGCAACCCGCAUAACCCCCUCGGGCGCUGUUAUCCUGAGGGUACCUUGGUUCGACUCAUGGAAUUUUGUCAGAAACAUCAACUUCACUUGAUCAGCGAUGAAGUCUUCGCAAUGUCAACUUGGACAAAUCAUGAGUCGGCAACUACGCCGUUUACCUCUUGUCUAUCCAUAGACACUACAGGAAUCAUCGACCCGUCUCUAAUACACGUGGUGUGGGGAGUCUCGAAAGAUUUUGGAUCCAACGGCAUCCGACUUGGAAGCAUUAUUUCUCAGAGUAAUCCUCUGUUGCACAAUGCACUUAUUCCAGCAGCCUUGUAUAGCAUGUGUUCUUCCCUCGCUGAACACGCUUUUGCGAACGUAUUUGAAGACGAUGCCUGGGUUGACAGCUACCUGGCCAAAAAUAGGGCAAAGCUCGCCGAGCAUUACAGGCUGAUAACAUCGUGGGCAACCGAGCAUAACAUCCAUUACGCAAGGGGAUCAAAUGCGGGCUUUUUCUUAUGGGCCAAUCUUGGAGAGGCUUAUUGCCGAAAUCAUCCUGAACAAGAGCAUCUGCAAGCUGAGGAUCGGGUAAUGAAGCUACUCCUCGAGCAGAAAGUCUUUGUAGCUCCUGGAGCAAGUUUUGGAGCUGAAGGCAGUGGAUGGUUCAGACUUGUCUUUUCAGUUGACAAGACGACUCUCGUAGAAGGGCUCACUAGAAUUAAUAGCAUUUUAGAGUAA